CAGCUCUUCAUCCUAUAUAAAUAGACCUAACAUCGCCUCCGCCUUCCAUUUCUAGGGUUUUUUGCCGCCGCUAGCGACCAUGGGCCGAAGACCUGCAAGAUGCUAUCGUCAAAUCAAGAACAAGCCGUAUCCCAAAUCAAGAUAUUGCCGUGGUGUUCCUGAUCCCAAAAUUAGGAUUUAUGACGUGGGAAUGAAGAAAAAGGGAGUCGAUGAGUUCCCCUUCUGUGUUCACCUUGUCAGUUGGGAGAAGGAGAAUGUGUCAAGUGAGGCACUUGAGGCUGCUCGUAUCGCUUGCAACAAGUACAUGACUAAGUAUGCUGGAAAGGAUGCUUUCCAUCUGAGAGUUAGAGUUCAUCCUUUCCAUGUCUUGAGAAUCAACAAGAUGCUUUCAUGCGCUGGAGCUGAUAGGCUCCAGACUGGAAUGAGGGGUGCAUUUGGGAAGCCGCAGGGUACAUGUGCGAGGGUGGCCAUCGGUCAAGUUCUGUUGUCUGUUCGCUGCAAGGAUAACAAUGGACAUAAUGCUCAGGAGGCUCUUCGCCGUGCUAAGUUCAAGUUCCCUGGUCGCCAGAAGAUCAUUGUUAGCCGAAAAUGGGGCUUCACUAAAUUCAACCGUACCGACUAUGUGAGGUGGAAAAAUGAGAACCGGAUACUCCCUGACGGUGUUAAUGCUAAGCUACUUGGAUGCCAUGGACCACUCGCUAAUCGUCAGCCUGGAAGAGCUUUCCUAAACGCUACAAAUUAAGAUUCCAUAUAUAUAUACAUUACAUAUGAGAGUAGCCUUUUACGUUGGCAUACAAUAUCUAAAGACAUAUGUAUUCUGUAGUGUCUAUGGAAUUCUUGUGUUGUGAGUCCUCAGGAUGCAGAUUUGCUUGUUAGAAGUAUAUCUUAUUAUUUUUGUUUGGAUAUGGUUCAAAGUUUGAGAAACUGAUGAAUAAGUUUUGAAAUGCCUGUUGGGUUUGUGAUUGCCUCCAGAGCAGAAGUUUUGAUAUGUCAUGAGUACUGGUGUUUAGUUC